AUGAUAGCUGCUAUUUGAAGUGUGGGUAUUUCUUCUAUAUAUGAGUUCACCAAUGAUGGGUUAUUAGAAAUAUUAACCUUGCUUCAAUAUGUUGGAUGGGCAUUUCUAUUGGUUGUUGGUGUGCUAAUACAGAAAAAAUACUGUCCUGGGUUACUAUAUUCAGAACGUCCUCCAAAUAUUGCUCUUUUAUUCAGGUUCGCAUUAAGCAAAAAAAUAUCAGCAGAUCAAAUAAAUAAAAUGAAUAAAGAAAAAGCAGCAAGGCACCUUAUGUCUUCUAUGAGAAAAAGGGCCUUCAGCAGUUUUUCUAAUCAAUCUAUGAUUCUUUAG